AUGGCACCAAAAAAACAAAGAACUCGGGUACAUAAACCAUCUCAGCUGUUAAAGAAAUCUAAUUAUGGGCGGUGGUCAUUUGGGCGAAGGCGAUCUAUUUAUCGUAGUCGUAAACAACAGUACCCAGUAUUACCAAAAUCGCAAAAAGAAUCAUUUGAUCAAUUAUAUGAUAUGCAAUCAACAAUUGAAUACAAUGAUCAACAAUUUUGUUUUUUAUAUCAUAUUUUUAAAAUGGCUGAAGAAACUGAAAUGCUCAUCGAACAAGUAAGAAAGUAUGUGUACUUAUUCGACACAUCUAAUGAACAUUAUAAAAAUGUAGUAAAAAAAGCCGAAGCAUGGAAUAAAAUAUCCGAAGAACUGGGUAUAACCGCCGACUCCGCAAAAAGUAAAUGGAAGAAUUUAAGAGAUUCUUAUAUGAGGUACAAGAAAUGCGUACAAGGAGAAACAGGACAAGCUAAAAAAUAUCAUAAAUGGCCAUGGAGUAGUCAUUUAGAGUUUUUGGAUGACAGUAUCAAAUACCGUCCACAGAGUAGUAAUAUAACAGAAAGUGCAGAAAACAUCAUAUCACCUCCAAAAGAGAAAACUCCACCAACAGUUAAAAAUUUACAAAAAAACAAUUUCUCUAGCGACGAAUCUCCAUCUUCUUUACGAAUGCAACCACAGAAGAAAAUUAAGAUCCGUCCUAAGGAAUCAUCUGAAGUGGAUACAGUGAUUGAAUACUUGGAAAACAAAAAAAAACCAAAAAUGCAUGAUGGCAUAGAUCAUUUAUUUUUGAGCUAUGCAGAUACUUUCAAAAAGUUUCACCCAAGAACUCAAGCUGAAUUGAAAAUAAAGAUAGCUACAUUAUUUGCACAAACCGAAAUGAAAGAAAUGCAGUAUUAUGAACAAAAUAUUUCACCUAUGUAUUCCGACAACUCUACUACCAAUUAUCAAUAUUAUGUUGGAUCACAAAGCUCUUCCAACUCGGUACACACUUAUAAUGUACCAAGCAGUGAGACAUCAUACAAAUCAAGUGACACUUCAUUGACUUCGGCGCGGGAUUUUUAUGAAAGUGCGAGUAAUUAUUCAAUAGCUGAUUUAUUAGGAUUACCACCUACCUCAAACUGA